CCACCUCCAGGGGGAAUGUCUCUCAUCUUCUCACAGCUUGUCUAUAUAGACAUGAAAGGUGUAGGAGGACAUGGAGGGACCGGUAUACAUGGAGAUCUCAAUGAUAAAUACAAGGAGAUUAUUCAACGAGUCAUGAAUUAUGCCACCCCAGACCUCACCAAAUACUUUGACACGGACACGCUUAUAAGCAGUAAAGAAAGUAACCUACAUCACGAAUCGUCCAGUCUGUCCAGUAUGGAAAGCAUUGACAACUCCCUUAACAACAAUCUGGAACAUGCCAGCCUCCGUCACCCUUACCCUAUCCCAGUAAACAUGGCAAUCCAGCCAGACUAUCCCACCCCACAGCAGGUCACAGUAACCAAGUGUGGAGUUUGUACUAUUUUAUGAUGUCACUGGGAGAUAACCGCAUUAUGUAUAUAUCGCUCAUCACUUGACGCAAAAGACAUUAAUGGAGGACCUAUUUAUUAUUACAGUAUAUCCAUCAUCACUUCACACAAAAUACGUUAA